UCAGAUAGUCUUAUUAACUGAAAGUGUCAAGUACAUAAGAUUGUGUAGCACAACAACGUGUCGAUGAGCGACAGUGAGAAAGCUCUAUCGAAAAUUUUUUCAAGCAACACGCAGUACAUGCCGAUGUUAUCAUUAAUCAGUAUUCCAUGUGUUCACUAUCUCUUAAUCUUCAUUUUUCUUAAAUAUUAAAAUAUAUAUUUGACAAUUUAUUUUAAAAUAAUUUGUAUAAAUUAUUCAUAAAUUAACAAAAUGAAUGCUGCUAGUGUCAUUGAAUUAAUGGACGAUAUUGUAUUGGAAAAGAAACAUGUGGAAAAGAAUAACACAAAUGUAUCGAUGAGAAAUAAAAAUAAAAAUGAUGGUCCACAUGUUUCAAGGCAACUGAAAGUAGAACUACAAACCUUAAGAAUAUCAGAAGAAUCUGAACGUCUACUAUAUGAUACUUUAAAAAAUAUUUAUGGUUCUAGUUUUAAGCUUUCUGAUGUAUCAGAAUUUGAAAAUAAAAGAUCCAAUUUAAGCAAAAAUUAUUGGGUAAAAAGGGCUAAUUUAGUUAUUAAAGGAAUAGUUGAUUAUUCUUCUAAAGAUAAUACACCUGAAAUUGAAGGACAAGUUAUUAGGCAAUUUGCAGCAUUCACACUUGAAAAUUAUGGUUUCCAUCGACCUCAUUGUAUUGAGGCACUAUUACAUACAGGGGGUGAUAUAGGAAAAUCUCUAGAAGUAUUAUUUUACAAAUAUUAUGGAUUAGAAAAUGUCACGAAAAAUAAAAUACCUGAUGAUAUUGAUACAACAGAUUUAUUGGAAAGAAGAAAAGAAGAAAAAGAAGCAUUAGAAUCUAUUUAUGAGCAUAUGUUUAAUGAAAAAGUAAAAAAUCAAGUUUGGGUUGUACAAGUUAAAUUAGACUAUUUAGUCAAAAAUGAUGAAGUAGAGCAAGAAAUCCAGAAGAUUAAGAAAAAACAAGAAAAACAAAAAGAGAGAGAAAUUUGCAAAUUAUUUAUUCACAAAAAAUGUAGAUUUGGAGAUAAAUGUAAAUUUUUACAUCAACAAGCAGAGGUAUUAAAAAUACCUGAAAGAGAUGACCCAUUAUUUACAUUGGAAAUAAGGUUUCCUGAAGGUUGUAAAUAUCCUUAUGAACCACCUUAUUUUUAUAUUUAUAAAAAUAGUGGUACAUAUCCAAAUAUAAAUUGUUUAAGAAUAGCAAGAAGGUUGUACAAUGAAGCAUCCCGAAUAUCUACAGAUGGAACACCUUCUAUUUUCUCAGUAAUAUCUCUUUUAGAAAAUGAAUACGAUAUAAAAGGAUAUUUAGAAGAAAAUAAAGAACAAUUUCCAGAUCAAAUUGAAUUGCUAUUUCAAAAAGAUGAAAAUGAGGAUGAAGCAAAUGCAGCUACUCAUUAUGAAUUAGGAUCUGUAUAUAGGAAAAGUAGAAAUAAUGAUAAUUGGGACGAAAUGCUAAAAAUAGAUGAUCUAAUUGAAAGGAACUUUAAAGAGCAACAAUCGAAUCCCAAAUAUAAAAAGAUGAGAGAAGAUAGAAAAAAGCUUCCUGCAUGGUUAAAAAUGAAUGAAAUUUUAGAUUUGAUACAGAAGAAUCAAGUUGUCAUAAUUUCGGGUGAAACAGGAUGUGGUAAAAGUACACAGGUGCCACAAUUUUUAUUAGAUGAUUGGAUUCUUAACAGAUCCAAGUCUAAAGAACGUAUUAAUAUAAUAUGUACACAGCCGCGAAGAAUAAGCGCAAUAGGAGUAGCAGAAAGAUGUGCUGCAGAAAGAAAUGAACGCAUAGGUGAUACAAUUGGUUAUCAAAUACGAUUAGAAAAUAAAAUUUCUGAUAAAACCAAAGUAUUGUUUUGUACAAUAGGAAUUUUUUUACAAAGAUUUUCACAUAUAUCAGAUAUUACACACAUUAUAGUAGAUGAAGUGCAUGAAAGAGGCGCAGAAAGCGAUUUCUUACUGAUGCUGUUAAAAGAAUUAUUGCCCAAAAAACCAAAUCUGAAAGUAAUACUAAUGAGUGCAACGUUUAAGAGUGAAAUGUUUUCUACAUACUUUAAAGGAGCUCCUAUUCUACAUAUUCCAGGAAAAAUGUUUCCUGUAGAACAAAUCUUUUUGGAAGAUGUAUUUGAAAAAACAAAUUAUGUUUUAGAAGAAAAUUCGAAAUUUACUCGUAAAAUUAAAGGUGAUUGGGAGCAAUUGCAAAUUGAUCUAGAAACUGCAGAGAUUCAAGGUUUUUCCACUGUUAAACAAUCUAUCGAAGAUGAAAAUCUAUCACUAACGCAGAUUGUCAGUAGAUAUCAAGGUUAUAAUAAGCAAACGCAUAAAAAUUUAUACAUUAUGGAUCAUAACAAAAUUAAUUUUGAACUUAUAGAAACAGUACUAGAAUGGAUUAGUUUUGGUGAACAUGAUUACCCUAAAACAGGUUCCAUUUUAGUAUUUUUACCAGGAUUAGCUGAAAUUAUUGAAUUAAGAAAGCGAUUGAAUAACAAUAAAUAUUUCUGUCCAAAGACUGGAAAAUUUACUAUUAUACUACUACAUUCAUCUUUAUCCAAAGAAGAACAAAACUUAAUUUUUAAAAAAACUGAUGCUAGGAAAAUUAUAUUAAGCACAAAUUUAGCUGAAACGUCCAUCACUAUAAAUGAUUGCGUUUUCGUAAUUGAUAGUGGAAAAAUGAAAGAGACUAGAUUUAAUUCCAGUCAAAAUAUGGAAAGUUUAGAAACUUGUUGGGUUACACAAGCAAACGCGUUACAAAGAAAAGGUCGUGCUGGGCGUGUAAUGCCUGGAAUAUGUGUUCAUUUAUAUACUUCGUACAAAUUUAAGUAUCACUUUUUAGCACAGCCAGUACCUGAAAUAUUACGAAUCCCUUUAGAAUCACUACUAUUACGUAUUCAACUUUUACACACAGGAAAAAAAGUUGAUUUAUAUGAAGUUUUAGGCAAAAUGUUGGAAUCACCAACAAAAGAAAGUAUCUGUAGUGCAAUUAAGCGUCUACAAGAUGUUGGGGCAUUUGAUUCAGAACAUAUAUUAACUCCAUUAGGUCAUCAUCUUGCAGCAUUGCCUGUAAAUAUACGUAUUGGUAAAUUAAUAUUGUUCGGCGUGAUCUUUUGCUGUCUUGAUUCUGCACUUACUAUAGCAGCUUGUUUAUCUCAUAAAAACCCAUUUACUAUACCUUUUGAAAAAAAAAAUGAAAUUGAUGUAAAACAACAAUUUUUUACUGCCAAUUCUGAUCAACUAACUAUUUUGAAAGCCUAUAAGAAAUGGGUUCAAGCACGUGCGCGCAGCAGUAGUGCAGGUCAAGCUUUUGCAAAUGAAAACUAUUUGUCUCUGCAGACUUUAUAUGCCUUGGCAGAUAUAAAGUAUCAAUUAUUAGAAUUAUUAGUUUCAAUUGGUUUUGUCCCUAUUAAUUUACCCAAACGACAACCAAAUGUUGAUAGAAUUAUGGAAAUUACUGGAUCUGAACUUAAUAUUAAUAAUGACAAUUAUAAACUUCUUCAAGGUUUACUUUGUGCAGCUUUAUAUCCUAAUAUAGCUAAAGUUUUCACACCAGAAAAAUCCUUUCAAGUUCAGUCUACUGGAGCAAUUCCAGUACAGCCAGACCCCAAACAUAGAUUGCUCCAAACUAAAAAUAAUGAUUUUGUUAAUAUCCAUCCAUCUUCAGCCAAUUUUCAUGUUAGUAACUUACCUAGUCCAUAUUUAGUAUUUCAAGAAAAAGUUAAAACAAAUAAAAUAUUUAUUAAAGAAGUAUCAGUGGUACCAAUUUUACCAUUAUUAUUAUUCUCUAAUUAUGAAUUAAAAAUAGAACUGCAUGAUGGAAUAUUUAUUGCAUCACUAGAAGAUGGUUGGAUUUUAUUUAGUAUUGAACAUCACAGGGUCGCACAACUUUUACAAAGAAUGAGAAUAGAAUUACACAAGUUGUUAGAACAAAAAAUGAAGGACCCUCUUUUGAAUCUAUUAAACUACCAAAAUGGAAAAAAGAUUAUUCAAACAAUUGUGAACGUAGUUACAAGAGAAUAAAUUAUGCCUUACCAUUAA